CUGUCAUCCGCGUCAGUCGGUUUGUUAUUGAGUUCGCGGUUCACAAAUUACUAGAAUUAUACUACGGCGAUUCAUUCAAUGCCAAAAAGAUCGUAACUCGCGAUUGUGCCUUAAUAAAUCAGUUUAAUUUUAAACCGUUUAGUGCUGGGUGCCGUCGAAAUUCGCCGUGAAAUCAUGCUGAAAAUCCAUCGGGAUGUACGUGACGACCUGAAUCCCACCGAAGCCCUAAUAAUAAAAUAAACCAUCCCGCGGAAAAUGGCGGAGACUUGUACGGUGGUGCACUUUUCCAGGGAACCGUCCCUGGCACGGAUCGACACUAUAAAGACGCUCGACCCCCCGAGUAAAAUAGCAGAGACCAAUCAACAUUUUGGGGCUUUUUAUGUGAGCUGUAUAGUGUUGUCUAUUGUAACAUACAUAACGGACUUGGCUUUGACUAUAACGUUGCUGUAUUUCUAUUCCAGUCAGGGCUAUGGGGUUUAUUUUGCCCUUACAUUGUCCUUUUUGCUGUUACCAGCUAUUUGUAUGAGCACCAUCAGUUUAAGAUGGUACAUCAUCGACCACGACGACCCUUCGGUGGGUAGAGCCUCCCUGGGCCACUGGUUAAUUCGUAUAGUGUUUCUAGUAUUACAAAUAUCACCUCUAUUAAGGUAUAUAGAGACCGUGGUCUACGGGAUCCGUAGUAAUGUCGCUAGAAAAUUGGAGGCGGACAGUCAGCAACCAUUUUUGUACAGACGUAUGCUGGACGAGGACACAAACAGUUCCCUACUGAGACUGUUCCACUGUUUCUUGCAUUGCGCCCCCCAGGCCAUUAUGCAGCUGGUUUUCUUGUUAAGUUUCGUUAUGUACCCGGACACCAGGGGGCGCAUUAAUUUAGACGUGUCGAUAAUCCAAGCCUGGACGGUCUUCACGUCAAUAAUAUCGAUCGCAUGGUCCCUAACGUCCUACCAUAGGUCGGUGAGAUUCGCCCGGGACGACAAGGACAAAAUCAAAUGGAUCGGUUUACUGGUCGCCUUUUGUUGGCAGUUGAUGAGUGCCCUGUCGCGGAUUUUGGCCUUGAGUCUACUCGCGGCCAUUUUGCCCGCAUGGAUGGGCGUGAUUUGCGCGUUGCACUGGGGCGUGAUGUCGUUCUGGCUCGCCAUUGGUCAGCAACAAACGGCCGCGUGUAGUAACCGAUGCGAGGAGUUGCUGCUGAGUGUCGCCCUCGGGUUGGCUUACGUGUUGGCUUUCAUUUCGCCCAGGGACGGACCCACCCGUUAUGUUUAUCUCGUUUAUUAUUUGGUUUGUUUUAUGGAGAAUACCGGGGCCUUGGUUGUGUGGUGUUUUUCAAAUAACUCGUCGAACAACCCGUUUUUAUACUACGGAGCGGCCGGCAGUCAAGUGUUGAGUUUCGUCUUGGCAAUCACAUUUUUAAUUGUCUACUACAAGUACUGCCACCCGUCGUUAUCCUCGAAAAGGAGCAAAAUCCCCAGGAAUUCUUCGGAUUAUAUUGGAAACGACAAGCCCUGUUACAGUAAGACCUCCUACAGUUUUCGGACCAGUUCUUGAUCCAUAGUUUUCGUCUAAUUCCAAUGUUGGAAUUGAGACGAAAAAAGUAAACGCCCUUGAUAGUAUUAAACACAAAAAUUAUGAUGUAUUCUUCGGUGAUAUUUUCCAAGAAAUAUUUAUUUUUUUACUUAUUUAGACUGCGACUCAUUCCAUUAAUGUUGAACGCGGUCAGGCGAGUAUUUACAUCGACCACCAUCACCUUUAGUGCUUUUUUCGGAUGCCUUUUCGUGUACCUUGAUGUCGCUUAUGGUAUUGUGAUUUUCAUUUUUUGUUUUGCUCAGUGUACAUAUUAAUAUUACGGACAAAAUAUUGAAUAUUUCUACUGUAGUAAUCAAAAUAUUUUAUUGGGGAAACGUACAUACAUUCAUUACCAAAAGUGCCAAGAAAAAAUUAAGAUUAUCUAAAACUAAAUAUUUAUCUAUUGUUUUUUAUGUAAAUAUUAAAAAAGCAUAUUGUGACAAUAAAGGGUCUAGAUUAGAGCCAAAAUGCUGUCAAGGGGUCCUCUUCAGCAUUUGAUUUUCAUAUCUUGCCUGAAAUUACGGUCGAGGACUUAGUUGGGUCCUUUCCACGGUUCUGAUUUUAUGAAAGAGAAUUUGCUGCUUAGUAUAUUCUAUUCUUAUAUUAUUAUUUAAUUAGAGUAAAUCAGGAUAAAGUAAGAUUUCUGCAAGGCAUAAAAGGAUAAACAGGAAUCUGGGUUAACUGAUGAUAUCAAUAUAAGCCUUUUAUGAAAUACUGAAUAAGUUCAAUCAUAUCUCUUAAAAUGUCUGAUUCCUUUUCUAAGUACUUAUUGAACUGAUUUAAAUAAUUAACCGCAAGCACCAUUUCCCAACCCAACUUCUCUGUAGGACUAUUAACUAUUUAUUCAAAACCUGAUCAACACAAUCUUUUUUUAUCUAAACGUAUGACAAAAUUUGUGUAACAAUCUAAUGUAAUUAGUCAGUUUUAGUACAUUUGACUUUGUACUAUUUAAAUUGUACAACAAAUGCAAUGUUUUGUACUAGGUAAUCUUUAUCGUACUUGCUAAUUUCAGGCAUCCUGUACAGAAUAUAAAUCGUCAAAAGCUGAACGGGACACCCCAUAUAGAAUGGCCUAAAUUUUCAAACAAAAGUUUAUAUAGACCUUAAGAGUAACACAGUUUUUUUGAAUGUUUUAUAGUCCUAACGUAAAAGCCUAUCUUGGAACUAAAUCACGUGCAAGGCCUUAAUAAAUUGGUAUACAGGGUGGUGAGAAAUGUAUCUUUAAAGGGAGCAUUUGUGUGCACUUUUUACAACAUAAACUAGCUUUAAGUGUCUUAGGUUAACGCAAAGCUAAAGAGGUUUUUUUAUUAAUUGUGAUUUCCUUAGUAAUUAUGGGAAAAGUGUGUCUAUUUUUUUUUUAAUGUUAAGGUUAUAUUCGCACGUUAGAUGGAUUAUUCGUUAGUUCCUAUUAGUAUUUUUUUCUAUUGUUUAACUUGACAGAUACGGAAAUCAACUGUUUUUUAAGAUUUAACUAUUUUAUAAGUGUUGAUUUUUAUGAAAUAAAUGAUUUAGUUUAUAAAAUA